CUUGAUUGUUUACAUGCUAGUUACGUUCUUUUUUGUUGUGGCUAAGAGAUACCCAGCUAGCGUUACCGAGAUCUGAACUGUCAAUAGAAUCUCUAAAAUCGUAUUUUCGAAAUGGGAUGUGACGGUGGAACAAUACCAAAAAGACAUGAACUGGUUAAAGGACCCAAGAAGGUGGAAAAGGUAGACAAAAAUGCUGAGCUCGCUGCCAAGUGGAAGUAUUGCGCCCUAAGUCAAGAGAAGUUGAGGCGUCCUAUUGUGGCCUGUGAACUUGGGAGGUUGUACAAUAAAGACGCUGUAAUCGAGUAUUUGUUGGAUAAAUCAGCAGAAAGGCCCAAUACAGAGGUUGUUGGACACAUUCGCAGCAUCAAGGACGUGAAAGAGCUGAACCUGACUGAUAACCCAGCCUGGGAAGGCGAGAGAAGGAAUGCUAAGGGUGAUUGUUAUGAGGACAUGCACCGGGCCAUGUUUAUCUGCCCUGUGGUGGGGCUGGAGAUGAAUGGCAAGCACAAGUUUUGCUACCUGCAGACCUGCGGCUGCGUGUUCUCUGUUCGAGCACUCAGGGAGGUCAAGACAGAAAUCUGUCAUAAGUGUGGUGAUCCUUUCCGGGAUGAAGACACUGUGGUGCUGAACGGGAGCAAAGAGGAACAGGAGAAGUUGCAGAAGGCGAUGGAGGAGAAGAGGGCCCAGGCUAAAACAGGAAAGAAAUCAAAGAAAAACAAGGUUGUUGAGACUGCUUCCAAACCUUUGGAAUUGGAAGGUACAGUGGACAAUGUGUCUUCAGAGCCUAAAUCAAUGGCAAUGAAUAGGGAGAGCAGCCAUGGCAGCAGCAGCACUGACACAGCUCCGGGACCAUCUGGUUCUUCUAAGAUAGAAAAGCCCAUUGUUACGGCAGGAAGUAAACGGUCCAUCCAGGACAUGGAGGAGAAAUCAGAGGCCUACAAAUCUAUCUUUACUUCUCACAGCUCUGCCAAGCGCACAAAAAGCCAAAUGUCCAACUGGGUCACCCACACACCCUAUCACUUUUGAGUCAUGCAGAGUUUUAAUGGGAGGAAGCACCCUCUAGUGGUAAUAGAAAGUCAUUUCCUUUCAUUCUUCCCCUUUACAGUUGGGAGAUAUUUAGUUUGAAACUCAUUUUCCUUUCCAUGUGGCAUCUUUUAUCCUUCACAAAAAAUAUUUGAGCUAAAAACUAUACUAUCCUUCCAAAACAGUACUGUGGUUUUCCUUGCAUUUUCCUUGAAUGUUAGGAUUUUUUCGACGUAGCUUGUCAGGAAAACCAUGUUUUAAAACAUUUUAAGAAAGCAUUUUGAAAUUUGUGAUAUUUCUUUGAUAUUUUUUGAUGUUAUUAUUGUUUGACUUUCAUUAUUGUCCUGUAUCACUGAUACAAAAUAUUAAAAUAUAGAAUAUAAACACAUGAUGUCCUGUGCAUUGAUGACUGCGAUAAUAUUGUUGAUCAUUUUUUAAAAUCAAGUAGAUCUAAAUGAUUUGUAAACGAAAUAAACAACUUUUUAUCUGCA